AUGCUCAACUCCCGUCGCGCCCUCGUUGCCGCCGCCUUCCUCAUCACAGUCUUCUUCCUCGUCUCGCGGUCGCAUCAUUCAUCUCCCGAGGCCACAAAGCACACGUCCUCGUCCGCCGGCGGCGUACCCCAGUCCAAUGGCGACCACGGCGUCACACAACGUCCCGCAGCCGACGUCAAGACACAGCAGCAAAGGAGGCCCGUGCCUCAGAAGCCCUUGAUAGAUACGUCGCGCAUGUCGACGUAUGACAAGCUCGCCUAUGCCUACCCCUACGACAUCGAGGUCAAAUUCCCGGCAUACAUCUGGCAGACGUGGAAGACGACGCCAACGGACAAGGACUUUCAGUUCCGCGAGCAGGAGGCGUCGUGGACCGAGCAGCACCCUGGCUUCGUCCACGAGGUCAUUACCGAUGACGUCGCGGUCAGCAUGCUCAGCCUCUUCUACGCCGCCGUCCCCGAGGUCCUCGAGGCAUACAAGGUGCUGCCCUUGCCAGUCCUCAAAGCCGACUUCUUCCGCUACCUCAUCCUCUUCGCGCGAGGCGGCAUCUACUCCGAUAUUGACACGUACGCCAUCAAGAGCGCAGUGGAGUGGGUUCCUAGUCAGAUCCCGCGCGAGUCCAUUGGGCUCGUCAUCGGUCUCGAGGCGGAUCCCGACCGUCCAGACUGGGCCGACUGGUACAGCCGCCGCAUCCAGUUUUGCCAAUGGACCAUCCAGAGCAAGCCCGGCCACCCGGCCCUGCGUGAUAUCAUCACAAGGAUCACAAACGCGACGCUGACGCUCAAGCGCACGGGCAAGAUUUCCAGCUUCCAAGGCAAGAACGUGGUCGACUUGACUGGGCCGGCGGUUUGGACCGACACCAUCAUGGACUACCUCAACGACGAGCGCUUCUUCGACAUGAAGAAGAGCAAGGGCAAGGUUGACUGGCGCAACUUCACCGGCAUGGAGAUGAGCAAGCGCGUGGGAGACGUUGUGGUCCUGCCCAUCACGAGCUUCUCGCCGGGCGUGGAACAGAUGGGGGCCAAGGACUACGACGAUCCCAUGGCCUUUGUUAAGCACGACUUUGAAGGCACGUGGAAGCCCGAGGAAGAACGGCAUAUCGGCGAGCAAAAAGAACAGCCGCAAGAGGGUCUCGUCCAAUGA